GGAAGGAGCGUUCCAGCUGGUCAAGUCUCCAUGACAACUUGCCUGGCAACCAAAUGCCGUGAAAGUCCUUGUUGGCAGGAAUCUUCCAGACAAGGAAAGGGACCUGGUGAGAGAAGAGGUAGUAUCUCUGAAGGUGAUGGAAUCCAUAGCAGGGCCAUGGAUGUCUUCCCUCAAGUAUUGCAGUGUGACCACAGCCCAGAAGAGUCCCUGCUGCAUCAAUGCCUCUGCUCAAUGGAAUCCCUUCUCCAUUUGCCCUUUGUUCCUCCAGGUUCCCUGUUUUAUCAGACAUCCCUCCACCACAAGGUGUGACUGGAGUCAGCCAGAUCUACAGCCAGCUGACCCAGAAGGGAAUGGGCCAGGUCUCCUGGAGGGGCUGCAGAAUGAUGGUACCUCAGUCCUUGCCAGAAAGGAGUCAGAUGGCUUUUACCACAGGGCGCAGCUAAAACCAACACUAGAGCUGGGGAGGAAGGACAAGCUUCUUGUGGAGUUUGAGGCCCCCCAUUCCACUGAUCCAAAGGACUCAGCCCAACUACUACAGAGCACAGUGCCCGAGGAUGUCAUCCAACACUCGUGGGCCCUAAAACACUCCCUACUGCCUGGAGACAAAGUUCUAGCACCCUGGGAACCAAAGCAGGAAAGAUUUGGCCCAGGAACUGUGGUUCAAGGCCUGGAGACCAGAGACCGUCAAAGAGCCUCAGAAGACGAAGAAAUCACUGUUUGCUUCUGGAAUGGCAAGAUGGUCAAAGUGCCCCUAGGGGUUGCUAUAUGGAUAUCCCCAGCUCAUUGGGAGAAGGCCAUGGAGAUGUUACACAAACCAUUAACCAGUUGUCUGAAGCCUGGAGAACAUCUUGGCACUGUCCCCUGGGCUCCCCCCUGCCCUCUCCUGGGAUCUGCUCUUGGGUAUACCAUGGGUGGGCUUCUUCUGGGCUCUUUCUUGUACCCUCCCCGACAAGUUUACCCACCACUCCACAACCACUGUCCAUUGCUGCCUGAUGGUUGCCCCUGCUAUUGUUCCUUAUCCUGUCGUACCUGGUGGCCUCUGACCAGUACAUUAGAGGCAACAAACAAGGACCACCCAGAGCCAAAGCUAAGAUCUACAACACAACUUCUUGAGUUAGACAGUCCUAAAGACAAAAAAGUGGCAGCUCAUGCUUGGAUGAAUGUUACUUCCUCCUCCUCUUCUUCCUAUUCCUUUUCUCCUGAAGAAGAGGAUUUGGGGAGUGAUCCAAAGAAAGUUCUUCCUCAAAGAGUGAUGGUAGACAGCACUGUCAAUACUGACGCCAGUCUUUUUGAGAAGCCCCAGAGACAGAAGGAUAUCAGUCGGCCUCGCUGGAAAUACUGGAAGAGAAAUGGCCUAGAGCCCAGUCAUAGAAGGCCAGGCAAAGAGACCCACAAGAAACUGAUAGACCCUUGAAGUGCUCUGUCCUUUCCACUCCUUUGCUCCUUUCCCACUUGGAAUAAAUCCUUGAGUACUGAGGCACAACCAGUACUGACUUUGGGAUCUAGAGGCAAGAUGUUGCUACAAUGUCUUGAGCUGAAAGAGGCAGCCAAAGGAGAAGCUGGAACAUAUGUUACAGUGAUAAAAGCUGGGCAAGAAAUGGGUCUGAAGCCAGAAGAGGAGGCUGAGCAGAUAGAAGCAGGUCCAAGGCAGAGAAGCCCAGAGCAUUUCUGUAAGAGCAAAACCUUGAGCUACCAGGUAAUACUAAAGGGCCCAGAAGGGCUGCCUAAUCACUGCCCAGUGACCCUAGAGGUGGUAUUUCAAGGCAAUAAGCGAAUUAUGAAUUGUUUAUAAAGAAUUCUUUUCCAAAACCAUAGUAUGUCACACAUCACAGGGAUUUAAAAUAUUCAUUUCAGCAUGAUGAUUUUAAAGAGAACACUGAGAUCCAGAGAGAAGAGAUUUGAGGUCAAAUCCCACAGUAUGUUAAGGUGCCAAGCUGGGAUUUAAGCCCAUGUUUCCUAGCUCCCAGGACAGAGUUCUUUUCACUGUGCCAAAAUGUCUGUCUAGUACCCUUCUCUGUAUUGAGUUUUCCACAUUUUAAGGGUUAAAUUUUCUAUAAUACAGCUGAGUUUAAGCUAUAUCUUCAUUACAGGGAAUAUCAGAGAUUUUCCUAAGUGUGUUGUUUUUGUUUUUUGAAAUUUAAGAUGGACUAAACUAACAGAUAUGGAGUCUCAGUGAAUCAUAUGUAUGGAAAGAAGUUAAAUGAAAUGUGAAAUUUUUAAAGAUCAUCUUUUUUAAAUCUUGUAGGAAGUAUUAAGAAUGGAAGAGAGAACCGUUAUUAACCUAGAGGCUAAAAAAAAAGCUUUUCAUAAAGCAUAAAUAUAGGGCAAAGAUCAAUAGUAUCAACAAUAGGCCUAAUUAUUGUCCACAUAGUGGGGUUCAUUCUCUAACUCAUGUCACUAGUGCUUUCUCCUCUCCCAUCAAUGGAUAUAAGAAGUCUUUGCAGUAUUGCCUUUUAAUUCUUAUAGGUGGUUUUGAGGGAGGAUGACCUGCUUCAGAUAUUAUUUAUAUAUAUAUAUAUAUAUAUAAAAUGUUUCUAGAACAGUAGCCAUAGGGCAUUUGUUUUUGGGCAAGUGUGUCUCUGAUCUCAUUUUUCAUAAACUGGCCUACACUGCUAUGUAAGAUGUUUUAUUUUGCCCCCAAUAAAAAGAAUGAAAUUUG